UUACAAUGUAUCCAAAGCGCCACAUGCUGCUGUUUAUUUCUCACAUUUAACAAAAUAGCAUUGUAAUCGAAUGUAUUCACACUCACUGGUGUCAUUAUUAUUUCAGUGAAACUGAUAUGGUCAAUCUUGUCAUCUAGAUACUUUUUUUGUUGCACAUUUUGUUCACUGGUGUUGCCAUGGUGAUUUGUAUUGUCUAAACAAAAGGAAGGAGCGAAGAAGGUGUCCUUUGAAUGAUGAUAAUUGCACCUGUUUUUUGAUACACCAAACCUAGAAGAGUCAUGUAUAAAGUGGAUUUGCCGGUGGACAACUCCGCGGAUGUGGCAGUGGAACGCCGACGGGCCGCAGAAGCUGCGCGCCAGGCUCGCAUUUUCAACACCAGACACCGAGUGAUGGGUUUGGAUCUCAAAGCACUGGAGCAACAGGUGGUGGAGAACAAAGAACGGGAGGAGAUGGCGGGUCAGCGAGAGAGGGCUUUCGACAUGUUGAGAGUGACUCAAGAUGAAGUGUUGAUGAAACAGCAGCAGGAGGAAGAGGAGAGGAGAGCAGAGUUAAACAGAGACCUUAUCCAGUACCGGACCAUCCGACAGCGGGCAGAAGACACCCGGGAUGCUGAUCUCAAUUUUCACCGGCAGGGGGCGCUCGGGUUGUCCAUUCCCAUCCCAGAGUCUGAGCUGGGACCUGCUAGUAUGCAAGUGUUCCAGGGAGAAGGCAUUGGGGACAAUGACAAGAGGAGAGCUCAGAUGGAGCAGACAGAGAGAGCACUACGAGCACAGAGAGAACAGAGUGAGAAACUGCAGAAGGAGAAGAAACUCAAAGAGCUACUGAAAGGCAAGGAGCUGGUACAGCAGGACCUGAGGGCUGUUCAGUUAGACGCUCUGGAAGAGGAGUGUAAGAGGGCUGGCCGCAUCGCUCUCAACAACUACAACCAUGCUCAGGCUGCAGAGUGUGUAGAGAAAGAGAGGAAGGAGCGCAUGAGGAAGGAGGGCGAGGAGAUGGCGGAGGUGUGGCACAUGGUGACAUCAGACAUCCUAACGGAAUGUCCCAAGGCUGCAGAGAGACAAGUAGACGGAGGCCCAGUGGGCGGGCCCAGGGUGCUGACGGACAGGUGGAGGGGGAUGAGCCCCGUUCAGCUGAGCGCCAUCCACAGGCAGAGAGAGGAACAGCGCCUAGAGGGAAAGAGGCUGAGGGAGAUUGAGAGGCAGAGAGACGCUGCCUGGGACUUCCAGCGCAUGGUGCAGACCCGAGAGGAUGAAGAGGAGGAGAGGAAAGCGAUGGAGCUGAAGAAGGAGAAGAGGAUUGAGAUAGACCGAUACAAUGAACAGCUGGCCAGAGAGCAGCGCGAACAUCAGCAGUUCCUGUCCAAGACGCUGUACACCAACGGACCCACGGCCCAGUACUUUACUCAGUUCAGCAGCAGCUCACGCUGAGAUGACCAACACUAACUCACCGCCCAAUACUGGAUCUCAGAUGUAGACCAUAUGCACAACACAACAAGCAAAUUAACUUUAUGAUAUAGUCAUACUUUACAUGUUUUUGGGUCUUUUUAUCCCUAAGAUUUAGUCACUAGGUCAAAUGUUGCAGUCUUCUGCAACUUAUCUCAGGAGCUGUAUUUUAGGUAUAUAAUGGACACCGUGACUGUCUAUCUAGCUGUUAUUUUAUGUUUCAUGCAUAGUAGGAAUUCAUAUCUAGUUUCUCUGAUCUUUUGAGGAUAAAACGUGCACGUCACCAUCUUUAGACAUUGACGCUAUGAAUGAUUCUAAUGAUGACACAAGAGGACGCCUCUUUUGGUUCCGAUUAGUCCAAGGUUCUUUAUUUAAUUCAUUGUCACAUAUUUAGUUACAAGUGGCUGAUUCAUAAUGCAGAUCGUUACAAUGUCAUUGGACCCAUAACAUAUAGUACAACUCCACUCCACACAGUGACCACCUCCCUUACCAACCAACCCUCAACCCGCUCCACUUCCGUCUCAACCAAUUAGCAGGAACACACUAGCCCGUUCACAGAUCUGGUUGUGCUGUCUUGCCAACUCCUAUGACUUUAGCAUGAUAUCGAUCAUAGGAGUUGGCCAUACAGCACAAACAGAUCUAGGACCAGACUACCAAUACACUACUGUACCCACCAAUCCCCCAGUUCCAUUGUGCUAAUGGGACCCCAAACACACCACACAGAGGGAUUCCCCCCACACAGAGGGACCAAACAUACCACACAGAGGGACUCGGUCUCCCCUCAGGCAGUGAAAUACACAGUAUCCGUCCCCUCCCUCCAUCCCUCCCUCCUAUCCUUCCACCAUGACUGUAAAUGUAUACAUUUCGUACCUUAAUGAAGCUGAUGCUAUCAUUCUCUUCUAUAUGCAAUUAAAAUUCACUUUUUAUUUUUAAUUUAAGUAUAAAAAAAUGGAAAUGAAAGUAACAGAGGGGAAAGUAAGAAAUGCUAGCACUAAACCUGGCUUAGACGAUCCCCUCACUCACCACAUGAAAAAUCAAAAGCAGAGAUAGCUAGAAAGGCAGGUAGUAGAGUGAGUAUCUGUGUGUUCAGUAGUUCACUUAUUCCCCAACUCAUUCAUUCAAGCUAUCACUUGCCCUGACACUACUGACAUCACACCAUGACAAGCACAGAUGGUUAGCAGCGAGAUAGGCUGCGUCUCAAAUGGCACUCUAUAGUGCAUUACUUAUGACCAGGGCCCAUAGUGAUAUCCCUGAACACCGGGCCCAUAUGGCUCUGGUCAUAAGUAGUGCACUACAUAGGGAAUAAGAUGCCAUUUGAGACACAAUCCAUAGUUGUGAGAGAAUAAUUGGCAUAUUAUUUCAUUUUAUCAUAAUAUUAUCAUUCUGUAUGAAAAUAGAUUUCUGAAAUUGAUUUUUUUUUUGUCCUGAGUGUGUCUGUAACAGCAAACUACAGGGAGCUGAGCUCACUCAAACCUCUCAUUAUGUCAGACUCACUGGCUGCGUCUGAAUUGGCACCCUAUUCCCUAUAUAGUGUACAUAUCCACUGUAUAAGGAAUAGGGUGCCAAUGCGGAUGCACCUAUUGCCUUUCUGCCAAGCCAGAGACAAUCCCUUUUCUCUAUCCCAUUUCCCUGGGACUCACUGAACAGUAACAGUGGAUGAUAGCUUGGCUUGCAGUCGGACCUGGGUUCAAAUAGUGUUUGUUUUUUCUCAAUUACUUAAGCUGUGCUUCUGGCAUAAUGGACCCAAUAGAGUGGCCCCAAAAGUGCAAACCGUUGUCUCCGCUCAUCUUGCAAUCCAGGCAGGCUCAAUCAAACUCUCCUCUGAAAGAAAAUGAAACUUAUUUGAACCCAGGUCUGUCUCUGGGUAGACUGUAGGCUAGUUUGAGUGGGGUGAGCAGUGAGGGCAGAGCCAGCACAUUGCAUAUACUCCCUGUGGUGCUUCAUCACAAACUAGCUCACUGCCUCCCUCCCUCCCGUCCUCAUCAUCACAUGGCCUCAGCACGAUGAGUGUCCGCAAUGGCACUCUAUUCCCUAUAUAGUACAUUAUUUUGGCUAGGGAAUAGGGUGCCAUUUGGGAUACAAACAUAGACUCUCUCAACACAGAUACUCACUGUACUGUAAUGCUUAAAGGGACACAAAAAAAUGAAGGCGAAGUGCCCCUUACAAGCCAGGAAAACUUGAUGGACAUGAUGACCAUUAACAUAAGUUUAACCUCAGCUUUCAAUGGGUUGGUAUUGAUUCUACUGUAUAUUCUAAAACAACAAAAGCUACUGAUGUAAUCUCAGCACUCAGAACCAAAUUUCACGUGCGCACUUUCUACUAUUGAUGUAAAAAUGUGUUUUUCUUUUUUUUCUUGUUUUGCAACAUUUAAGGAAUGGUGGGAGGAUAUUUUUUUUUUUGCCUUUUUGUUUAUAUUUUGCUUAUCUAUUAACGAUUUUUCUAAAACAGUCAAAUCACUGUAAUCAGUUGUCAAUACAGGAAAAAUAUGAAUUCAUAGGUUCAUUACAAAAAAAUACAAUAAAACUACUUGCAACAUU